GAAGUGAAUUGCCCGUGUGUGCACGCUGCGGCCAGAGGAUCUAUGACGGCCAGUACCUCCAGGCCCUGAACGCUGAUUGGCACGCAGACUGCUUCAGGUGCUGUGAAUGCGGUGCCUCCCUGUCACACCAGUACUACGAGAAGGAUGGGCAGCUCUUCUGCAAGAAGGACUACUGGGCCCGCUACGGCGAGUCGUGCCAUGGCUGCUCGGAGCACAUCACCAAGGGGUUGGUCAUGGUGGCCGGGGAGCUGAAGUAUCACCCCGAGUGCUUCAUCUGCCUCACGUGUGGGACCUUCAUCGGAGAUGGGGACACCUACACCCUGGUGGAGCAUUCCAAGCUAUACUGUGGGCAUUGCUACUACCAGACCGUGGUGACCCCCGUCAUCGAGCAGAUCCUGCCUGACUCCCCCGGCUCCCACCUGCCCCACACGGUCACCCUGGUGUCCAUCCCAGCCUCCACUCAUGGCAAACGUGGCCUGUCUGUCUCCAUCGACCCACCGCACGGCCUGCCGGGCUGCGGCACGGAGCAUUCGCACACCGUCCGAGUCCAGGGAGUGGACCCGGGCUGCAUGAGCCCAGACGUGAAGAAUUCCAUCCAUGUGGGAGAUCGGAUCCUGGAAAUCAACGGCACCCCCAUCCGGAACGUGCCGCUGGACGAGAUCGACCUUCUGAUCCAGGAGACCAGCCGCCUGCUGCAGCUGACAAUCGAGCACGACCCCCAUGACUCGCUGGGCCAGGGGCCGCUGCCCACACACAGCCCCCUGGGCUCCCCCGUGUGCACCCCCAGCGGAGAGGCGGGCAGUGCUCGGCAGAAGCCUGUCUUGAGGAGCUGCAGCAUCGACACGUCCCCGGGGGCCGGUUCUCUGGCCUCUCCCGCCUCCCUGCGCACAGACCUGGGCCGCUCCGAGUCCCUGCGCGUCGUCUGCCGGCCGCACCGCAUCUUCAGGCCGUCGGACCUCAUCCACGGGGAGGUGCUGGGCAAGGGCUGCUUCGGCCAGGCCAUCAAGGUGACACACCGGGAGACGGGCGAGGUGAUGGUGAUGAAGGAGCUGAUCCGGUUUGACGAGGAGACGCAGAGGACAUUCCUCAAGGAGGUGAAGGUCAUGCGGUGCCUGGAGCACCCCAACGUGCUCAGGUUCAUCGGCGUGCUCUACAAGGACAAGCGGCUCAACUUCAUCACUGAGUACAUCAAGGGGGGCACGCUGCGCGGCAUCAUCAAGGCCAUGGACAGCCAGUACCCGUGGAGCCAGAGGGUGAGCUUCGCCAAGGACAUCGCGUCGGGGAUGGCCUACCUCCACUCCAUGAACAUCAUCCACCGGGACCUCAACUCCCACAACUGCCUGGUCCGUGAGAACAAGAACGUGGUGGUGGCCGACUUCGGGCUGGCGCGACUCAUGGUGGAUGACAAGACACAGCCCGAGGACCUUCGGAGCCUCAAGAAGCCAGACCGCAAGAAGCGGUACACGGUGGUGGGGAACCCCUACUGGAUGGCGCCCGAGAUGAUCAACGGCCGCAGCUAUGAUGAGAAGGUGGAUGUGUUCUCCUUCGGCAUCGUCCUGUGCGAGAUCAUCGGGCGCGUGAACGCAGACCCCGACUACCUGCCCCGCACCAUGGACUUUGGCCUUAACGUGAGAGGCUUCCUGGACCGCUACUGCCCCCCCAACUGUCCCCCGAGCUUCUUCCCUAUCACUGUGCGCUGCUGCGACCUGGACCCUGAGAAGAGGCCAUCCUUCGUGAAGCUGGAACAGUGGCUGGAGACCCUGCGCAUGCACUUGGCCGGCCACUUGCCUCUGGGUUCGCAGCUGGAACAGCUGGACAGGGCCUUCUGGGAGACCUACCGGCGGGGGGAGAGCGGACUCCCUGCCCACCCCGAGGUCCCCGACUGAGACCCCUCCAUAGCUGCCCGUCCCCACCCUGGAGGAUACGCCCUCGGCAGCUUCCCUCAAAGGUGGUGGCCAGGCCCUAAUUGCCUUCUCCCUGGACCGUGCCCCCGACCCUCUGCCUUGGCCCCCAGAGCUGCGCGUUCUGUCACGUCGCCCUGCCCUACCUCCGUCUCGGAGGGGCUGCCACACUCUCCCGCAUGAGCUGCAGGCCCGGUGAGCUGUGCCCAUCCCACAAACCGCCCCACCACCCCUUGGCCUGCACCUGUCUACACCGGCUCUGUGCGUUCGACCGGAAGCAGACUCUGGAAUGGCCCUGAAGGGGCUGGGCGUGGAGCUGUGUGCGUGCACGGAAGGGGGCAGCCUUCCCAGGAGUCACGACCCCCGGGGUGUCUGGGGAGCAGCAGGGCAGGAUGGAUGCGACCCAACCCCAAAGCAGGCAGGGUCUGGCCCUGCAUGCCGGCUGGCGAUGUGGCAGGCCUAUGUCCUGCCCGGGUCUCUUUUGUUUCUUUAUCAAAGCCACUUUAGUGAGAAGCAGGUACAGGCCUCAGGGUGAAGAGGGUCCCUUCAGGCAGAGGGGGUCCCGGCAGAUAGAGGAGCCAGCCCAGGUGGGGCGGGCAAGGCCAGCGUCCACCAGCAGCCCGGCUCUGCGUUCAUCUCAGCGCCCCAGGCCCUCCCGUCCUCGAGCCCCUCUGUCCUCUGGGUUCUUUCUGUGUAAUCUAUUUUUUAAGAAGAGUUUGUAUUAUUUUUUCAUACAGCCGCAGCAGCUGCUGCUGGGGGCUUGGGGUUUUAUUUUUUGUGGCGGGUGGGGGCGGGAGGGCCAUCUUGUCACUUUGCCUCAGUUGAGCAUCUAGGAAGUAUUAAAACUGUGACGCUUUCUCAGUGCACUUUGAACCUGGAAAAUAAGCCGAACGGGUCCACGGGACCACGGUGGAGGGAUGCAGUUUGUGGUCACCUCCACCCAGAACCCGGAUGGCUAUAGAACAGAUCAAGACUCUGAACAAUAAAAUUCUGUGCUCCCCAAAC